CACCACUGUGUGUCCAUUGGAGCAAACCUGGCGUCUGUGCACAGCUCUGCGGAAUAUCAAUUUCUACAGGAAGUGGUGGGGAGCAAGAUUGGCGGUUCCUCUACUACCUGGAUUGGAGGAUUUGAUGCUGUUCAGGUGGAGUAUACUCACAUAUCAGUAGUAUCUUGGUAUACUCAUCAAUAUCUCAAGGGUCACUGGUAAAGUCAGAUCUAGGUUUGGAAGAUCUUAUAGAUCUACAAAAAAACACUGCAGUAUCCACUGGCAUACUAUAAUAAUAAUAAUAAUAAUAAUAAUAAUAAUAAUAAUAAUAAUAAUAAUAAUAAUAAUAAAAUAAUAAUAAUAAUAUGGGAUUGCUUUGUUACUGAGACCUCACUUCUUCACCACAGGACAGGCUAUGGUUUUGGAGCGACGGCUCCGAAUUUGAUUACCAGAACUGGAAGAAAGGAGAGCCCAAUAAUAGCGGUGGCAGAGAGCCAUGUAUGGUGAUGAACUGGGGAGGGUACAGUAGGCCCACUAUCAUUCACUGAUACAUUCAUCAAAUUAAACUUUAUUCAUAGUACAUUUAACAAAUAAAACUGACACACACACCACAUCCCGCAAACACACUAUUAUAUUAUUGUGUGAACAUCUGAGAUUAUUUGAGAGGUCAUUUCUGUUCUGUGUUUCCUUUUAAGAUGAAUACCGCUGGAACGAUAUAAACUGUGGAAACAGCUUUCCCUCUGUGUGCUCCAAAAGAAUCUGUGAAAUAGAGAAAAACUGA